AUGGUCAGGUGUAGACUACCAAUCGAACCUGGUGACAUACCAGACAGUAUAACAGACAUCACACUGUCAACUGGAUUCAAUCAACUCAAGCCUGGAUCAAUCCCUCGCAAUGUCACCACACUGAAUCUUGGACAAACCAAGAUCAACCUGUUUGAUCAACCCGGUAUCAUCCCAGACUCGAUGGAGAAGUUGUGGUUGGGAGAAGGACAUACUGAUGCGAUCAUCCCUGGUAGAUUGCCCAUGUCAUUGACAAUGCUCCACACAGGCUACUCGAACCACCCUAUCCUGCCUGGCACCCUCCCCCGCUCUCUGACCGAGCUUCAUAUUGGACAUACAUUUGAUCAGGUGAUAGCGCCAGGCACACUACCAUCGGGCAUCACGACACUCACAUUUGGUUCUCAAUUCAAUAGUGAGCUGGUGCCAGGUGUGCUGCCCUCAAGUCUCAAGACUCUAAAGCUAAGCUCGAUAUUCAAUAAGGAGUUGUCGAUCGGUGCACUGCCCGCGACCCUUCAGGAGCUGGACCUUGGCUUCUGCUACUCCCAUCAGUUGGUUAGAGGCGUGCUACCUGACAACCUCCAAUCCCUUGUACUUGGACGGCUUUAUACACAUCCCAUGCUCCCUCAAGCGCUACCCCAAUCACUCACUCACCUCUCUCUGGGUGCCGCGUACCUAGAAUCACUUGGCAUCCUACCCGAAUCAUUGACAUCACUCAGCUAUGCCAAUGAUAGGUUGCUUAGACCUCUCUCGCCUUGCCACACACCCGAUACCUUCAGCCAAUGUCGCAUCCAGCGAGUGACACUGAACGCCAAAUGCCGUGAGGCAACUCAAUACCUGCCUCCAAACACCCUUUUCCAUGGACAUGUGCAGACGUUGGUAUUGGAGAACUAUCCUUACUUCAAGAACAACGGAUACCAAACGGUACUUAGCUACAUUGAUACACAGAUACCCAACUUCAUUCAAACUGAUCAGAACAUCAUGAUACGUCCACUCGACCGUCGAUACCUUCUGGCCAAGGUCAGCAAGUCACGCUUAGUAAUCGUCGAUCUUGCGAAUGUUAAGAACAAGUCAUCAACCCUGACCCUGUUUGAUUAA